AGCUGCGUCCGGCGGAGGCAGCUGCUGACCCAGCAGUGGAUUGUGCCAGGGUGGAGACGGGGUGGGGGCUGGAGCCCUGGGCCCCCAUAGCGGGGCCUGCUCCAUGGGCCCCCUUUGGGCACCCCUCUGGCCCCGAGUCGGCUUUCUCUGUCUCCUGCUUGCUGGGGCCGCCUGGGCCCCCCUACCCAAUCCCCCAGACCCCAAGUUUGAGCGCAAAGUGGCCCUGCUGGGGGCCGGGCCUGAAGAGCUACUGUGCUUCACCGAGCGGCUGGAGGAUUUGGUGUGUUUCUGGGAGGAAGCGGCAAGCGUCGGGGUGGGCCCUGACAACUACAGCUUCACCUACCAGCUCGAGGGUGAGCCAUGGAAGCUGUGCCGCCUGCGCCAGGCGCUCACCGCCCAUGGCGCGGUACGCUUCUGGUGCUCGCUGCCUACGGCCGACACGUCGAGCUUCGUGCCCCUAGAGCUGCGCGUCACGACGACCUCCUCCGGCGCUCAGCGCUACCGCCGCAUCAUCCAAGUCAACGAAGUGGUGUUCCUGGACCCUCCCGCAGGUUUGCUGGCGCGGCAGGCGGACGAGGGCGGCCACGUGGUGCUGCGCUGGCUACCGCCGCCUGGGGCACCCAUGGCGAGCCACAUCCGCUACGAGGUGGACGUCUCGGCCGGCAACGGCGCUGGGGGUGCGCAGAGGGUGGAGAUCCUGGAGGGCCGGACCGAGUGCGUGCUGAGCAACCUGCGCGGUCGGACGCGUUACACCUUCGCUGUACGCGCGCGCAUGGCGGAGCCGAGCUUCGGUGGCUUCUGGAGCGCCUGGUCAGAGCCUGCGUCACUGCUGACUGCUAGCGACCUGGAUCCACUCAUCCUGACGCUCUCCCUCAUCCUCGUGCUCAUCCUGCUGCUGCUGGCAGUGCUCGCCUUGCUCUCCCACCGCCGGACUCUGAAGCAGAAGAUCUGGCCAGGCAUCCCGAGCCCCGAGAGUGAGUUUGAGGGCCUCUUCACCACUCACAAGGGUAACUUCCAGCUGUGGCUGUACCAGAAUGAUGACUGUCUGUGGUGGAACCCCUGCACUCCCUUCGUGGAGGACCCACCCGCCCCCCUGGAAGUCCUCUCUGAGCGCUGCUGGGGGGUGACACAGGCAAUAGAGCCAGGCGCAGAAGACGAGGGGCCCCUGCUGGAGCCAGUGGGCAGUGAGCAGGCCCGGGACACCUACCUGGUGCUGGACAAGUGGUUGCUGCCUCAGAGCCCGCCCAGUGGGGCCCUCCCAGGGCCCGGUGGCAGUGUGGACACAGCAGCCAUGGAUGAGGGCUCGGAAGCUUCCUCCUGCUCAUCUGCCUUGGCCCUAAAGCCCAGGCCAGAAGGGGCCUCGGCUGCAAGCUUCGAGUAUACCAUCCUGGACCCCAGCUCCCAGCUCUUGCGCCCACGGGCACUUCCCCUGGCGCUGCCCCCCACCCCACCCCACCUUAAGUACUUGUACCUUGUGGUAUCUGACUCCGGGAUCUCAACUGACUACAGCUCUGGAGACUCCCAGGGGACCCCAGGGGGUUCAUCUGAUGGCCCCUACUCUAAUCCUUACGAGAACAGCCUUGUCCCGGCCCCCGAGCCUCUACCCCCCAGUUAUGUGGCCUGCUCCUAAGACCCCAGUCCACAGCUGCUUGGGGACUUAGCAUGGCUCAGCACCCAAGUGCCCGUCCAGACCCAAGACUUGUCGGCAGGGUGGACUAAGCCUUCCUCAGGGCUAAAGACACUGCUGACGUCAGCUUUCUGCCCAAUCCAUCUGGCUCAGAAGUCAGAGCUUCCCAGUAUUUUGAAACAGCAUAUGUAUAUAAAGAUAUAUAUAUAUAUCUUUUCUAUCAUCCCUUUUCUAAAUAGCCAUCCUUCCCUGGGCUCAGGCCACAGUAAAAGUCUUUGAGCUUGUCUGAAAUUCUAGACCUGGCAACCUGAAUAACCAUCAUAAUAAAAUGAAUUAUUCACUAUAAUUUACGCUAGCUGCCGUAACAAACAACCUGAAAUCUUAGUGGCUUAGCACACUAAAUAGUUUCUCUCGACUCAGUUCAAACAGGUAGGCUACCAUCCUGGGGAUGAGUCAGAGGUCUAGGCUCUUUUUUCUGUGGCUUUACCAUCCCCAAGGGCCUCCCUGGGUCAUUAGAUGGGUCCUCUGCAUGCUGCCAGACAACCAGUAAGGAGAGACUGCAGAAGAUUCCUGGGCCAUUUUAAGGACCUGGCC